UAUUCAUUAUUUUUUAAAAUUAAGACAUAUAUAUCAUGUAUGAGCUAUAGACUAACUGCUGCAUAAUUCUCUGACAUUUUAUAAUACAUUUUAUAAUGCAAUUCUAAAGUAUUGCAUGCAGGUCUUAUUAUAAUGCAGGUCCUGUGCCUCCUAUUUGCCUCCGCUACUGCUCCAGUAUUCUGUCUGUCAAUCACAGAAUGUUUGCUGUAUCCAUCGCAACAGAGCUUCCUCUCCUGUCUGGUGCCUAUAUCACAAUAAGAUCAGGAGGAAUGCACCAUCAUCCGUUCUGUUUGAUCUAACUAUGCUCUGAUAUUAGGACCAAACCAGCUCAUGAUCGAUCAGCUGUAUGUGACACAUGUUCAGUACCAUGUACAGUAUGGGCAAACAGGAAAAUGGACCCAACCUGGCUGGAGAAUGGCGCAGAGGUAUGCAAACAAAGUUCUAAUUGGAAACUGGGUGGAAGAGAAGCUGCAGGUAGGGUUUAUAAUCUAUUACAUAUUACAUUUUCAGAGGAGACUGUCAUGCCUCAAAGAAGACAAAAACAUUGGGGACUCAGCAUUCUCCACCCUAGGCAUUAGGAAAUGGAAUUCCCUCCCCACUACCUUAAUCACUAGUGACUUAGAUCCUCCUCCAUGGAGGUCAAAGUGUGGAUCAAGGAGAAUCAAUCCAGCACACAUUGACGUAUUCUUAUUGCACUCAAGUUUCAUGUGUCCUGUAUAUAUGGUAUUAUUUGUUCUAUUUUGUGUUUCCUGUAUUUGUUUUAAUCUGUUUUGUGCAGACAGUUCACCCGAGAGUGGCCUUGCUGCCAAGCUGCUCCUCUCCCACCACGGCACGCUGCCUUCCCAUUACCUGGUCACCCUCUAUGAUGAGAUGUACAGGCGCCAGGGCUCCUCCACCCUGCUCACAUUGUGCUCCUGGCAUCCAGACAGGCUGGCGAGGAUGCCAGAGAAGUCUGACCACCACCGUUAUCCAAUCUUGUCAGCUCUGAGCUCUCUCUCCUUCCCUUCCUUCUCCCUCCCACCUCCAACUAACUUUGGCCUGGUGGAGUCUAGACAGGUCUGUCUGGACCAGCAGCAGCCCCCCUUCUCAACGCUAAGUGUGUACAGGACAGCGUACCAGAGGCACCCACUAAGUGCAUUCUGCCAGCCCCGCUUAGCCAGUGUGCCACGUGACCUUUCCAGCAAGCUCCAUCCUGCCAAUCUGAACAACAAGGACCUGGAAAUCAAACAACAGUCUUGUAGACAAGUCCAAGACAACUCAGUCUCCGCGAGCCUCUUCCCUCCCCUCUCUUGGGUGUAGUAACAGAGCUCAGGCUCACAAGCUGUUUAGAUACUCAGGGGCCGUACUCAAUGUGGUGCUGUUUGAGGAUUACAUUUUUUAUUAGUCUGAGGCAUGAAAAAUUUAAUGGAGCAGAACAUUUGGGAAAUCAAAAGAUGUAAAAAUUAAACAGGAGUCUCAUUAUAAUCUCUUAUAGUCUAGGCUCUCUCUUCCACUGUGUGUGUGUGUGUGUGUGUGUGUGUGUGUGUGUGUGUGUGUGUGUGUGCGUGCGUGCGUGCGUGCGUGCGUGCAGGAGAGGGAGGGAUGGAGAGUCCGCAAAUCAUCUCAUAAUUUAGGAUAAUCACAUGUAAAUUAUUUUUCUUCACACUUAUCUAAUAUUUGCUACUCAAAGGGCUGUUAGUAGUGCCCUACCCUAGGUACUUUGAAAUCAAAGAAAGUGUUGAUGUCAGAGCUGACCUGGGUAUUCAUUCAAAUCAGGAGCCAUGAGUCAUGUAAGGGGAACUCUGAGGGGACCAUUCCAUUAGGUGUUUAAUUACAGGGAAUCAAAGUGUUUAAUUAGGAGGAAUCAAAGAUGCUUAUGUUUGAUGGUCAACCAUCUGCGUCUCUCUUCUGCUGCUGCCUCAGCCAGUGCAGCUGAAGCCCUUUGCCUCUCUGUUACUCAUCUCAAUACUUAAGUGCACUGCUGAUUUUUUGUGAGUCAGAAGACGGGUAGGUUGUGUGUUAUUGGUUAUGCUACACACAGUGCAAAUUACUCCUUUGCACUUUCAUGUUUAGUUAUUCAGACACAGAGUCUAUAUAUACAGUGUACAUAUGUAUAUAUAUACAUAGACCAAACCACAUGAUGGCGCUAUUGCGGCAUGUCACAAACUGAAAUCCCAGGCAAGGGUGCUGUAUCACUCACUGUUGUUCUUAGUCUAUGAUUGCUCUUUGUAAGAACAAACAGCUUGUUUUAAAUGAACAAAGAAUUAUACUUUUAUUUCAAAUAUGUAUAUUGCCAAUGUAAUUACGCAACACAUCCAUUAACAGCCACAUCUAUCCUCCUACAAAUGCAUUAAUGAAGUCUGCUGUCAGAAACGACACAUCACACAGAGCAGAGCUCUGUUUGUUAGAUUGUUGAUGACUUAUCAUUGGAAAUCUGUCACUGUUUGGAAGGAAAAUGAAUUUAAUUUGUAUAAUGUUUAACCACAUGACACAAUAGCUAGCACAUUGUUGCACAAAAUGCUUACCGUUUUUUUUUCAACAGGGUUGUAUGACUGCUUAGAUAAGUCACCUUCAAUGAAAUCUGCAUAUUUCUUUCUUCUGUUGAU